AUGUGUUAUGAAGGAUUUAUUGAAAUGUGUCCGACAGGUCAACUUGAUCAGAAAACAUUUACUUCGAUAUGUAAAACAAGUAGCGUUCGUCGUGCCCACUCACUUCACUCCCGACUGUGGAAGACAUAUAUGCUGUCUUCGUGUGCUAUUAAUGAGGCGAAUCGAUCUAGCAACUUCACAUGUCAACGUGAUGAAGUCAUUGCUAAACUUCUUGCUCCUGCACUGUAA